AUGGAAACACAUUCACAAUCGCACUCCCACACGGAUGACAGCUCAAGCAUGGAUCAAAACAUCAACAUGAACAUGGCAUCAACCUUCUCAGCCUCAACAAAAGUCACAAUCCUCUUCACAGGCUGGACAACCUCCACACCAACCCGAUACAUCCUCACACUAAUCCUCCUCUUCCUUCUCGCAGUCCUAAACCGUUUCCUCGGUGCACUCAAGUUCCAACUCGAGCAGUCGUGGACCCACCACAAUCCCGUCCCGCCAGCUUUGAAGCUUACAGCCAUACAUUCACGACGAGACGUCCAAAAAGCAAAGCUCAGUCCUCUUCCCAUUUACAUGCGCGUCCACGGGGGCGAGGACGAGACUAUUGAGGAGACACUUCCGGUUGCUUACGACGAUGAUGAAAGGGGACGCUCGAGCACUCCUCUACUUGAACGAGGUACUCCGCUGAGGAAGUGGUCUUGCAGGGUUCGUCUUCCAUCUUGGGAGGCUGGUGGAAGAUGGUCUCUUCGGAAGGAUGGAGUGCGGGGAUUGCUGGAAUUGGCUAGAGCUUUGAUUGGAUAUCUCCUGUAA